CAGCGGACUGCGGGUGUGUGGCUGGUCUGGCGGCAUCGGGAAAAGAUAGGGCUUUUUUGUGUGAUUACCGCAGUGUUGUUCUUUUUCUCUGCUGUUUUCAGGCUGUAGAGUGGAUAGCAGCUCAAGGUAAAUGUGAUGGUGAUGCUGAGUACGCGUAUCUGAUUUGACUAGAUCGAGGUCACGGGGAUCUGUAACAGCGUGGCGGUAGGAUAGAGGGAGGGAGAGCGAAAGAAACUGGUCUGUCCGUGACUGUGUCCGUCUGUCGCGCGCUCCGUGGUUGUGAAUGGACUGCUCCCUCUGUGAUUCUCUGCAGUCACUUUGAGCCGUUUUUGGAGGAAGAUGGCGGACAGGGCUGAGAUGUUUUCCCUCUCCACCUUCCACUCCCUCACUCCUCCAGGCUGCAGACCUUCCCAUGACAUUAGUCUCGAGGAGUUUGAUGAUGAGGAUCUGUCUGAAAUCACAGACGACUGUGGAAUAGGACUCAACUAUGACUCUGAUCCCUAUGAAAAGGACUGUCUGAUUCUGGAGAAGAGCGAUAUGCACCACCCUGUCUGCUCCUUCCAGGACGACUUCCAGGAGUUUGAGAUGAUCGAUGAUGAGGAUGAGGAGGAGGAGGAAGAGGAAGAUGAAGACGAGGUGGAUCCUGACGCUCCUCCCUCCCCCACCGCUUCCCCUCCUUCAUCCCCCACCCUUGUCACGCUGAAGAGCCGGCCAACCACCCUCAACCUCACCACCACUGUCUCACAGGACUCACUGAACAACAACAGCAGUCUUUCUCCAAAGAAGGGCAGCUGGCAGGACUCUCUACGCAACCCUAACUCACAGGGCCGUCUGUCUCCAACCCACUCUUGUCUGGAGGAUGGGAGUCACGUGAUGGGCCAAUGCCCCUCCCAACCAGCCCCCCAGGCCCCAGGGUCCCAGAGCAAAGGUACUCCCCCCAAACAGGCAGGGGAGGGCGCCUACCCCCAGUCCCCUCGCAGGCCCCUCCUUUGCGACAUGGAAGGCAACAGACGGGAGAGGCCUGAAUACGGCUCCUUCGGUCAACACAAGUCUCACCCGGGCUCUAAUGAGGUCAUUAACUCCUCAGCUGACCCUCUGAUCUUCAGAGUUCCAUCCCUGGAUGACCAAUCCCAAUGCUCUGACACUGAGGUUGACCACGACCUCAACAGCGCUGACCACAACCACAAACUUUCACGGUCCUGCACGUCCACUCAGCGACGUGCCACCGACACCUACACGGUCACCACUGAGUCAGGCCUAGACCCGGAACUGGAGAACGAUCCAGACGGGACCAGCCGAUGCCUGUCCUCCACUGCUCCCAUUGGGGGGAAUGAUGGAGCUGACACCCCUCUGUCAGAUGAGGAGCUGGAGAAAGAUUUUGACGUAGAGUUUAUGUGUAAGGAGACUUAUGACAUGGUGUGUAAGGAGAACCAGAGCUCAGUCUAUGUUGAGUUCCCCUCCAUCGAGCCCUCUGAGCUGGCUUCCUUCUCCAGCUACAUGUCAUCAAGCCGCUCUGAUGUUCUCGACCAAUCCCGAAGCACUAAUCAGAGCCAGCGUCCAGGUGCAGCUAUUGAGGUGGCCAAUGACUCCAACUCUCCAUCCUCGGACCCGGGCAUUGCUGACAUGAAUGCCAAGCGGUGCUACACCACCUCAGACCAAGACCAGGACCUGAGCUCUCCCGGGUCAGACUCAGACAUCGAAGGGGAGCUUGAGGCAGCAUUCGCCUGCGGAGGACCCCUGGUCUCCAACAUGAUCUCUUCCAUCUCAGAGACAGAGCUGGACCUGACCAGUGAUGACAGUAGUAGUGGACGCUCCUCCCACCUCACCAACUCCAUCGAGGAGGCCAGUUCACCCACCUCCGACCAGGAACUGGACCCGGACACCGAGUUAGAACAGGACAGUGGAAUUGUGGGAAUGAAGGUAUCACUCCUCCUUGGCCAGCCGGACCCCAUCAAAGAGGACUCACCCUUACCCUCACCUUCACAACUUUUCUCCUCAACCCUGGCCACCCCCUCUCCUGCUGACUCCCUCGUCCUACCUCCAGAGCCCUAUGAUGACGGCCAGGCUCUGAUGGGCCUACAAAGUGUAGAUGAUGAUGAUGAUAAUGACUUGCCCUAUGAGCACCAGGCCGACCCAGAUGAGACCCUGCCCCCAGCCCAGCACUGUGAAGACAGCAUGUCCAGACAGAUGGUCCUCCAGAUAGAACCAGACCACAGCCUGGAGAGCUUCAAACGCUCAUUCUACCUGCCAGUAGGACCAAGACUCAUACCCACCCAUGCUGAUGACUACGAUGGGAACAGUGAGGGAGGGUCUGAGUCAGAGAGCGAGGAUGAGCUGAGCGAGAAUUCAGACUCACCUUGGUUGCUAAGCAACCUGGUGAACAAGAUGAUCUCGGAGGGGUCUUAUCCAAUCAGCUGUCCUGAGGACUGUUUCAAGAGGUCAGUGUCCAUCUCGGACACCAUCUCACCCUCCUCGGACAUCGAGCCAGACGCGUUCACCGAAGCCACGGACGAACAAAUGCAGAAUUCUGGGACGAAGAGAUCAGAGGAGGAGGAUAAAGAAGGGACGGGCCUGAGGAAGGAAGGGAAGGAUAGAGAUAAGAGGGAGAAGAGUGCAGAGCCACCCAAAGGGAAUGCAGGGAAAGCAAACGAAAGAUUCGGCUCCUGUCUGUACAUGAACAAUCCUACAGCUGACACCAUCAGACCGGUGAUCGUGGAGCGCUAUGGCAACAGGAUAUCCACAGACAACAACCACACUCAGGACUCUGAGAAAGACACCAGCCCUAAAUCUGGAAAAAACACCAAGAAGAAGGAUGAGGAAAUUGAUGUUAUUGUGGAGCCUGAUAACGACCUGAUGAUGCUGGAGGGGAGGAAGGACCUGGACUCUCCCAGUCUGAGUGACAGCGUAGCGAGUGACAAGGACGAAGGCCGCGAGAUGGAGGCCAAGCCCACCGGACGCUCUACGGCCUCCCUGGAACGCAUCACCACGGUCAAACACAGCAUGACGCUGGACAUCCCCACUGCCCAGACCAACCGAUGCUUCAGCCUCACCUACUCCACCGACAACGAUGAGGAAGAGGAGGAGGAAGAGGAAGGAGACUGCUCCCCGUUCCUGAGCUGCCUGAGGAAGCAGUCAUCCUAUCGUGGCAGCAAUCAAUAUCUGGACAGCUCCCCGCCUAUCGAUGAGAGCGUCCGGGACCCCCUGUCAAAGCAGGACCCCCCCCUGCAGGCCCUGCGGUCCAGGCCAGAUGAUGAUGGUCUGGCGUACGACUCCAUGAAGUACACUCUGGUGGUGGAUGAGAACACGACACUGGAGCUGGUCAGCCUCAGGCGAUGUACCUCAGUGCUGAGUGACGACAGUGAGCUGUCUACACUGUGUGAUGAUGACCCUCUUGGGACGGGGGAGGUGGGAAACGGCCAGGGGAAUGGAGGGGUGCAGCCAGAACUCCUCAGCUCGUCAGAAGACUCCUCCCCUGAGGCUGACAUGCAUUUCUCCAAGAAGUUCCUCAAUGUGUUUGUCAACAGCACCUCUCGAUCCUCCAGCACAGAGUCGUUUGGGCUGUUCUCCUGUACCAUCAAUGGAGAAGAGCGGGACCAGACACACAGGGCUGUCUACAGGUUUAUCCCCAGACAUGUGGAUGAGUUGGAGCUGGAUGUGGACGACCCUCUAUAUGUCGAGGAAGAGGAGGAUGACUACUGGUACAGAGGCUACAACAUGCGGACGGGAGAGAGGGGGAUAUUCCCAGCCUUCUACGCCCAUGAGGUCAUAGGGCAGUCCAAGGAGAUAAUGGGAAUGAAGAGGAACCCAGCCUGGAUGGACAGUUUCAGUGUUCAGUUCCUGGGUUCUGUGGAGGUGCCCUAUCACCAAGGCAAUGGCAUCCUCUGUGCUGCCAUGCAAAAGAUUGCGAUAGCGAGGAAGCGGACAGUCCAUUUGCGGCCCCCCUCUCUGUGUGAGCUAGAGAUCAGUCUACAAGGGGUUAAACUGGUGAUGAGCCUGGAGGAUGAAUAUGACACUAUGGAUGAGUUUGACAGAUGUAGUCACUUCUUCCAGAUGAAGAACAUCUCUUUCUGUGGAUGCCAUCCAAAAAACAAUUGCUACUUUGGCUUCAUCACUAAGCACCCCAUGCUGAACAGGUUUGCCUGCCACGUCUUCGUCUCCCAGGAGUCAAUGCGGCGUGUGGCCGAGAGUGUUGGACGGGCUUUCCAGGAGUAUUACCAGGAGCACCUGGAGUAUGCCUGCCCCACCGAAGACAUCUACCUGGAGUAGAGCAGGCAGGAAGCAGGAAAUGUUGCCAUGACAACAGUCUUCUCUUCUUCUUCCUGCUGCUGCUUGUAUGUUUAUCAAUUUCAAUCACCAGAGGACGCUGGUGGGUCUUCUUCUCUCCAUUGCAAAAAAUACCCCUAUAUCUCUCUCUGAAACUGACAUGUUCAUUUCAGUUCUACAGUAUGCUAUAUGUUUUAUUUAUUGAUUAAUUUGUUUGUUUAUUUUCCCUCUUCUAGAUGGAUUGCCUGUUUAUUUUACCUUUUGUUUUCUAUGAUACAGUUAUAGAAAUAAGGGUCAUGGCACCUGUUAUUUUAGAUAUGACAUAUUAUAUUCCUACUACUGCUAUUUCACAUGUUCGAAUGCAUGGUUAGGAGGGUAAUGCACACACAGAGCUAUUAGGACACUAAUCCAGCUCAACAUUGAAUAGGACCUGGAUCAUAUUAUUUGGUCAGAUAUGGUUUUGGUGUAAAUAUACACUACCGUUCAAAAGUUUGGGGUGACAUUUUUUUGUCCAUUAAAAUAACACCAAAUUGAUCAGAAAUACAGUGUAGACAUUGUUAAAGUUGUAAAUUGCUAUUGUAGCUGGAAACUGAGUAUUUUUUGUAUGGAAUCUACAUAGGCGUACAGCGGCCUAUUAUCAGCAACCAUCACUCCUAUGUUCAAAGGCGCGUUGUGUUAGCUAAUCCAAGUUUAUCAUUUUAUAAGGCUAAUUGAUGAUUAGAAAACCCUUUUGCAAUAAUGUUAGCACAUUUCCAGCUGAAAACUGCCUAGAAGGCCAGCAUCCCGGAGUCACCUCUUCACUGUUGACAUUGAGACUGGUGUUUUGCGGGUACUAUUUAAUGAAGCUGCCAGUUGAGGAGUCUGUUUCUCAAACUACACACACUAGUCAUCUUGCUCAAGUGUGCACCGGGGCCUCCCACUCCUCUUUAAAGUUAGAGACAGUUUGCACCGUUCUGUGAAGGGAGUAGUACACAGCGUUGUAUGAGAUCUUCUGUUUCUUGGUAAUUGCUCCCAUGGAAUAGCCUUCAUUUCUCAGAACAAGAAUAGACUGAUGAGUUUCAGAAGAAAGUUCUUUGUUUCCAGCCGUUUUGAACCUGUAAUCAAACCCAUAAAUGCCGAUGCUCCAGAUACUCAACUAGUCUAAAAGGCCAGUUUUAUUGCUUCUUUUAUCAGGACAACAGUUUUCAGCUGUGCUAACAUAAUUGCAAAAGGGUUUUCUAAUGAUCAAUUAGCCUUUUAAAAUGAUAAACUUGGAUUAGUUAAACGCAAUGUGCCAUUGGAACAUAGGAGUGAUGGUUGCUGAUAAUGGGCCUCUGUACACAUUCCAUAAGAAAAUCAGCUGUUUCCAGCUACAAUAGUCAUUUAUAACAUUAACAAUGUCUACACUGUAUUUCUGAUCAAUUUUAUAUUUUUAUGGGAAAAAAAUAAUUUUCUUUCAAAAAUGUCUAAGUGACUCAAACUUUUGAACGGAGGUGUAUAUUUGUUCAAUAUCGACAAACUGCUUUUCGACUGGUAGUGAGAUUGAAGCGAAGUAGAGCAGUUAUCUGACUUGGUCCGAGCUAACCCCUGUACCGUAUGAGACAUUGUGUUCUGUAAAUAUAUGGAUAGGCAGUAGAGAAAUACAGACACCUCAUGCAUAUAAACUAUGUAAGUAGCAUCCACAACCAAUAAUCAAACAGGAGGAAGACAAAGAAAAUGAAAUGGGAAGAUGUUUUAGCCCAGUGUUUAUCAAAGAGUGGGUCGGGAACCAGAGAACUUAUCCUUUAACUGGUUUGUUCUGUGGCUUAUGCCUGGUUACAUGUCCCUUCCCCUAGCUUAUUUGAUGUCCAAGAUUUUGAAAUACAUAGUUUUGAAAUUUGUUGGCGUCAGAUCAGAAAGAAGUUGCAGUAGUCAUCUCUCAUUGGAAAAUAACUCCUCUCAUCAAAUCUCCAGCGGAGUGUUAGGAAGAGGUUGCUAUGGAAACUGGGGUGAUAACUGUCAGCGCUUUGGGAACAGAGCGAGAAGAAAAAUUAUUUAGCUUCUGGACUUCGAAUGGUGUAAAUACAACAAUAUCAAAAUGACCAGUUAUAUUCCUUUCCAUCUUAUCCAACAGUGAAGUGUCCUGAUGUACUACACCAUGUUUAGAGAUCAUCAAUAUCAGGUCGAGGACAGGAGAAGCCACAAUUCCACGGUUCUGAUAGUUCAACACUACUCCCUCACAGGAAACACUAUUGUACAGGUGUGUCGUUCUGUUUAAGUUGACGAGUACACUGAGAAUAAGGCCACAGUAAGGACAUGAGAUAGAUAAUGCUUCGAAUUGAGUGGUGUGUCCCUCCACCUUCUCUUUGAGGUGGAUCAGGGUAGAGUUUAAGUUCAACUUUAUUUUUUUCUAUUUGGUCUGAGCAGUACAGUUUAGAAGUUGAUUUUACAAUGUCUAAUGGCUCAUAUUCUGCAUAAGAAAUGACCCUUCCAAAUGUACUCCUUGAUUUCUCUGUUCAUAGGUAAGCCAAUAUACAGUACAUGGUUUGCUUACUUAUAGGACAUUAUACUUUUUAGUUGUCUUUUUCCAGUUCAAUUAGCAUACUGUAGACUACAGUGCAACAUCAAACAGAUGGGAGUAUAGAGAAGUGGAGAACACAGAAUGAAUUGAAAUAACAGGCAUCCUACUGCAAUCCCCAAUAUCAGGUUGAGUACAGUAGCGUAGAUGAGGGGCUCGCUUCUAGACCCAGAUACACAUCAUCUACUGCUUUUACUCCUUCAACAAAUAUUAAACAGCAAAAAAAGGAGGGUAAUGUAGUCAAGAGCAUCAUUGAUCUGCUGGUGAUGAGUGGAGUCAUGGGACCUCCAUGGUGACCAGUUUAUCAUUAGUGACAGUGAGGAGUGUAUCGCUGUCAGUUAGAUCCUGUAAAUACUAUAAAGAGUGGAAAAGAUUGUGCUGUGUCCUUUACGUUAUGUAUGUUAUUGAAAUUAAAUAUUUAAAAUAAGAGAUUCAAAAAAGAUAACACAUGAAGACCAGUUGUUUUAUGAGUGUGCUACAUCAACCACUAAGGUGACAUUUUGGGUUCUUGCUAACUCAAACAUUCACCCCACAGACAGGCUUUAGCAACACCCUUUAGGCACAUGUGUCCCCUAAUGAUGAUGCCACAUAUGUAAUGUGUCACCUUUGAGAUUCAAUUGCUGGCCAAUCUGUUGAUAGAGCAGAGAAGUAGAGCUGAACCAAUUAAAAACAGCUUUCAGAGAGCCUGCUUUUAUACAGGAACCUAUCGCAUCUUGCCAAUAUAGCCCAUGGCUUUGAGCUCCAGACAUGCUCCAUCUCUUACCUGUACCAGUUUGUUUUGUUUUUCUGUCCUGUAAGAGCUUAGUUGAAGCCCUUCUAUCGUCCCUGAUAGAUACAGUACACCAAUCAACCCCCAAGGAUUCCCUAGUCCUGUAUAGCAGCUCAAACAUCCAGUUAACAGUUCAUCAAAACUUUGGACUUCAAUACAUAAACUAGAUUCUUCACUGUAUAACUAGAGCAUCAGUAUGUGACAAAUACAAAGUUAUCUUUAAAAAAUGAGGACUUGUACAAAUCUAAAAGUAAAAAAAUAAA